AUGGAACUUGAGCAAAGUAAUUAUGAAAUUCGGUUACGUGCUACAAUCCGUAGUUGUAGAUUUUUAUUGAAAAAUGCAUUACCAUUUCGUGGACAUGAUGAGAUGGAAAAGUCUAAUAAUAAAGGACUUUUUAUUGAAGUCUUAUCUUUGAUUAGAGAAGAUAAUGAGAAGAUUUUUAAAGAGAUAAUCAAGUCUAUUUGUGAUGAAAUUGGUAAAGAUGUGUUUGGUAUAUUAGUUGAUGAGUCUAGUGAUGUUUCCAAAAAAGAACAAAUGGCUAUAGUUUUGAGAUAUGUUGAUAGACUUGGGAUUGUAAAGGACAAAUUUAUCGGUGUUGUUCACGUGUUAGAUACAUCCUCUUUGUCUCUUAAAGCCGCCAUUGAUACCGUUUUUUCCAACAACAACUUGACUAUCGAUCAGGUGAGGGGGCAAGGUUAUGAUGGAGUAAGUAAUAUGAGUGGUGCAUUCAACGGUUUGAAAUCUUUGAUUUUAAAUGAAAAUAGUUAUGCACAUUAUAUACAUUGUUUUGCACACCAACUUCAAUUAGUGGUUGUGGCGGUUGCAAAGAAACAUGAUUAUGUUGAUAAAUUCUUUGAACAACUAGGUUUGGUGGUUACUGUCAUUUGUGGGUCUUGUAAGAGAAAAGAUAUGAUACGAGAGAAGAAAAAAGAAAGAGUAGCAACUAAAAUUGGUAUUGGUGAAACUGAAACAGAAGUUGUUGCAGUCCUUAAAUAUGUCAAAGAUGAAGGGUCUUCUUUAUCUAACCGUAAUCAAGCAAAGGUUGUGAUUUUUAACACGGUUUUGGAUAUGCAAAUUCAAGAAUUUGGGGAUAGAUUUAGUGAAGUUGGCACGGAUUUGAUAGAGAACAUGGCGGCUUUGAGUCCUUGUGACUCAUUUUCUAGUUUUGAUAAAGCAAAGUUGUUAAAGUUAAGCGAGAUAUACAAAAACGAUUUUAACGAUUCAGAAAGGGCACAACUUAAUGGCCAACUUGAUAUCUAUUAUCACUCUUUGCUCCAUGAUGAGAAAUUUUUCAAUAUGAAGGGAAUUGCAUACAUCUCUCGUUUGUUGGUGGAAACUGGGAAGCACCUCCCUUUUCCGUUGCUUUAUAGAAUAUUAAAACUAACUUUGGUUUUUGCCUGUUGGAACUGCAACCGUUGA